AAAAUAUUGUGCACUAUGUCAUAUGAAUGUCUCUUAAACGAAUCAUUUAUUCCCUUUCGCAUUUUAUACCUUUUCGCAUUUUAUACCGGUGUUGUGGAAAGUUCCAAAAUGGCAGCAGGCGUCCAGAGAGUUCUCGCUAAAUGUCAGAAAUGUAUAGAUUCCGGCAACUUCUACGAGGCACAUCAAAUGUAUCGAACCCUGUACUUUAGGUACAGUGGUGCAAAAAAGUAUGCUGAAGCAAUAGAUCUCCUGUAUAAUGGAUCACAGACACUCUUACUUCAUAAGCAGUAUAGCAGUGGCUCAGAUUUAGCCUUAUUGUUGAUAGAUGUGUUAAAUACGGCAAAGACACCAGUAACAGAAGAAAAUACAGAUAAAGUUGUAGAUUUACUGCGAAUAAUGGAUAAUAAUGAAUGUCCUGAUCGAAUCAACUACCUGAAUGCUGCAUUACGCUGGACUAUCGGGGUUGCACCUGAAUGUCGGGCGGGACACCCUGAUCUACACAAGAAAUGUGGCAUGCUGUUCUGGCAAGAGAAAAAUUAUAUUCAAGCUAGAUACCAUUACCUACAUUCCUCAGACGGUAAAAAUCUAGCAGUAAUGUUGAUAGAAUACCACACAACUCUGGGAUAUCCUUCAGAAGUUGAUCUUUUUAUAGCACAAACUGUAUUACAGUUUUUAUGUCUACAGAAUAAGGACACUGCUCAUGUUGUAUUUGUUACCUAUACAAAACAGCAUCCUGGUGUGGAAAAAGGACCUCCAUUUAUACAGCCUUUAUUAAACUUUAUUUGGUUCCUAUUAUUAGCAUUAGAAGGUGGAAAAUUAGCUGUAUUUGCUGUUCUGUGUGAAAAGUAUCAAACUUCUAUAAGCAGAGAUCCUACAUAUAAAGAGUACCUUGACAAAAUAGGGCAGAUAUUUUUUGGAGUUCCAGCUCCCAAGUCACAGUCUCAAGGUGGCUUCUUUGGUAAUUUGAUACAAAGUUUACUUGGAGGUGAGGAUGGAGAGGACAAUGGUCCUGUGACCCCUGCAAUGACCCCUGUGAUGACCCCAAUGACCCCAAGUACUGAACAGAGGAAUCUGUCUCAAGUUGAUCUUGACUAAAGGAAACCAUCAUUCUUCAAACAUUCUUAUAAACAUGUUAUUUGUAUCAAUAUAGCUGGUUUCUUUGCAUGCAGUAUGAAACCAAACUGGAAAUAAUAGGAGAAAUGGUGGAAGCCUUGUACUUCAUUUCUGACAUAGAGCCAGUAUAAAUGUUGUUUUUAAGCUGCAGUUUUCGAAUUUGUACAGUGGUAUCUUUAGAUUUAUUUUUGGUUUGUCCAAAUUCCACAAAGUUGUAAAUGAAUUAUCAGAAUUCCACAAAGUUUUCAGCAGUUUUAGACAGUUUUGUCCAGAGAAACUAGCCAUGUAAAGAUAAGAAGAAAUGUGUUUUUAGAAAGUGCUCAUAUAUUGCAAUGUCUUGUUAUUUAUAGCUCACAAGAGCACCAAGUGCCGAAAGGUGAACUAAUGUGAUCACUCACUGUCUGUCAUCUCUUUGUUAGUAUCUACUUUAAAUGGUGUCAUCUUUGUAACAAUUUGGUUGAAGUUGUGUAACCUGAUAGUGCUUUUCCAAUGUUGCCAAAACAUUUCCCCUUAACUGCACAUAGGGGCUGCCAGAGCUUUGUAAAAUAUUCAGAAAAUAUCUCCUUUAAACAGCUAGUUUGAUUUUGAAAUAAUUUCAAAUGUUCUUUUGCUAAUGGCAGCCUUCAGCUAAGAUCGUUCAAAGUAUAUAGUCAUCCAAAAAACAUGACCACCAGAGGGCAUAUUCACUUUUUCCUGUAUACAGAAAGUGGUUGUCUAAUUUUCAAAUAGUUUUUUUUUUCUACAAAGUUUGAUUCUUCAAAGACAUGGCUGUUUUGAGUUAGAAUUACAAGUACAAUCUUCCUAUGAAAUAUCCUAAAUAUCUGUUAUGGUUUUGAUAUUAUUUCUUAGGAAUGUUCCUAGUGUUACCCUCUGCUAAGAUUUUACAAAUUUUACAUAUUCAUUUAAAAAGACUGCUUCUAGGGAUAUGUUCUAUUUUCCCUCUAUGUACAAUGUUAGAACUUCAGAAAUCUUCAUGUUGGAUACUACUGGCCCAAUAUCAAAAUUAUUUCAAAGCAAUUGUUUAUGGGUAUGCCAAUACCAAAAGUAAUUAUGAUAUCUUCAUUCAUUACAUGGGGCUAGUUUUCCCUAUGUGACUAUAUUGAACAUUUUGACCGAAAUUGUUAGCUGUUUGAGCUGUGAAACUCAGGUGAGUGCUCUAGGGCCAUAACAGCCCUUAUACCAUUUUUUGAGAUGUGAGAAUUAAAAAGAGGAGAUUUUAUUCAUAUGUACAUUUAUGAAAUAUAUUGGAUUACUGAAAUAUUCUGUAUUGCAACUGAAGAUAUUAUACCUUUAUAUUUUAAGAAGAGGCAGUUCUUUAAUAAAGCUUGUAUAUAUUUGUUUUAAUAUUGUGAAUUAAAACAGGAGAUGUAUUAUGUUUCAUUGAGUCUUGAAAGAAUCUAUCAGUACUUGAUCAAAUAUUUAAACCAGCAUCAGGUUAGUAAUAUUAACGGGAAGUGUUAAUAUUUUACAGUAAACACAGAUUUUAAUAGUAUUCUGGUGAGAUUUUGUCAUUAUUUUGUAACAGUAUGAGCGCUCAUUCGGACAGGAAGUUGCAUGUAUGGAAACAGAAAUAAUCUAUAAGUAAUUAUAAAACAUUUGGGGAAUAAAUGCCAGGAGAUACUGCUACAGCAUCAUUAAAAUACAAGAAAUUUCUAAGCUAUUAAAAGAUUGUUUAAGAUCAUUACUGGAAUUACACCUAAAAUAGUGAUAAAAAAUCUUUAAAAAAUGAAAAUCUGCAUUCUAGAGUCGUUUAUUUUGAUGAACUUUUGAUAGUCUGUCAUUAUAUUUUUUCGUCGCUCAUUUUGUGGGUAAUUUCUCAACUUCAUUAAAAAAAAAAGAUAAACUAGUUAAAAGUAUCAGUGCCAGAACUUUUAUUUGAGACUUUGAAAUGACCAAAAGAUUUGAACGUCUGUAUCUUGCACUGUCCAACUAAAUUUUCUAACCCGGAAGAGUUGCAUACAUUGGCGUCCAGUUGCAACUGUAAGUAAACUUAAAUAAAAACACAUCAGUUGACACAACAGUGUUGUCUAUAAUUCCGUGAUUAGUACACUGGCUGUACAAGUGGGAAGUCAUAGGUUUAAAACCCUACUGGAGGCUGAACAUUCCAUAGAAAUCGGAUAAGACAAUUAAAUCAUGGUCAUGUGAAUAAUGCUGUACACCUUUCAGGUUCAAGAACUAGAGGAAGCUUUUGAGAUAGGAGUGUUUUAUGUAUGAAUUCUAUAUGCUCUAUACUCCAAAACCUAGAAUGACAUUGUUCUAGUGGAGUGAAGUUCAGAGGAGACUGAUCGCAACUAUAAAAAGAACUACGGACCAGAAGUUAUCAUGUCACAAAUUUAUCACAGUAUCAGAUAUCUGAAGAAGUGUAAUUGAGAAGUGUAGUAUGUUUUGUGAAUUGAAUAGGGUGUAACCCGGGACUUGAUGAUUUGCAUCUUUACAUCCAAAAUAUCACAGCAAACAAUAUUAUUUGAGUUUGCUGUAUUUUGCAACUCUACAUUGAUAUUAUGAGCAAAUUAUCAUAGUCUCUUGUUCAUUAUGUACUACAGUGCAACCUUAUAAAAGUCGGUCUCUUGAAACGGAAAUCUAUUGCAAGUGGAUAGUAACUCUGAUCACAAGAUCUCUUGAAACUAAAUACUAGCUCCUGUCUGGCAUGUUUCACUUGCAGUGUUUCACAGCAUUGUAUUUCAUUUGUAAAAUCCCAUCUUAUUUUUCAGGAGAUUAUUUUGUUUUUAUAAUGCUUAAAACAAGCAAGUACUCUAGUGUUUGAAGGGAUUUUUAGUAGCUAUUCCAGAUGUAUAUGACACAGGUAUGCUUUUGGGAUGUUAAACAAGUUAACUUAUCUCAUUUUACUUUUACCAUUUGUCUGUGUUUAUUGAUUUUUGCAUCAGAUGAGAACACAAAAGGUAUUUUUUAUUUGGGGCACAUUUUAUUUAACAUUUUUAAAUACUUAAAAGUAUCAUUUGCUUUCUGCAAGACUUCAGAUUUGGUCAGUGAAGAUAGCUGGUUUUUUUUUUUUUGCCACAUUUGCACUUAAGAAUGGUGAAAAAAGUAAAGUAAAAAAUCUAUUUAGACAAAGAUAAACUAUUUUCAUAGAUUGCUUUUGGCCAGUAGAUGACCACUUACCUUCAACUUGCCCUCAUUUGAGGUUGAAGUAUAUGUAUUUUACAAACAGCUCUUGUUAGCCUAGUUUGAAUAAAUUCCAUAUAGUAUGAAAUGUUGAAUACUGUCUUACAUGCUUAUUCAACAGAGGUUAUCAAGUAUGUGUCAAAAAUAUGACCCAUGCUGUAUGACCUUUUCUGUUUAUAAAUUUUAUGAGAGAUUUAGCAGGAAUAGUUUGGUCUAUAAUUUAGAGGAUUAUAUUACUAGAAUUCAAAUUUUGAAAUGUUGAGCUUUCACUAAUUUUUGAAUGAAAGUGUAUCAUUUAGGUAUUGACCACAAACUCCACAAGGUUUGUUAUUUGCACCAAUCUUGUACUUUACAGGUUCUGUUUUUGCAUACGUCUUCUUUUGUGCUUUUUAGCUAAUGUAAUAUGAAUAAUUAUUUAUUUCAGUUUCCACCUGGAUAAGAUACGGAAAGUUUGAAGUAAUUUAUUAUUUCUGAAGUAUUUUUUAUAAUGGUUGAUGUGAUUGUAUUUUUACUAUGCACGUAUGAAGAGAAUAGUAUGAUAAUUUAUUUGGUUUAGAGUUGAAGUCAGUUUUUUGGGGGUUACAUUGUAUCAGAUUACUGCUUUGUAUAAAAGAGAUAAUGGGACAAAAGUACCUUAAAGUUUUUUUUUAAAAAAAUGCUGAACUUAUAUAUAUGUAUAUCUACAGGAAAAUCAAAUAGCAAUAUUUGACUUUAAAUUUCUUUGUUGUGUCGUUUUGUUUUACUUUUUAUAAAAUAUGCUCCAGUUAACGGGUAAUUAAAUGGAAAAUUGUAGGUUCAAAAUCUAUUUAUAAAAUGGCAUAGAGUAUUAUUUUCUCUAGUGUAUUUUGUCAUUUAGUUGAGAACUUAAGACAUAACACAUAAACAAGCAAGUGGUCAGGUAUUUACUUCUGAAAAACAAGUGUUCAGCUGUUCAGUUCUAAAAGGCAAGUGAUCACCUAUUCAGUUCCAAAAGUCAAGUGAUAUUCUAUUCACUUCUGAAAAACAAGUGAUCAGCUGUUCAGUUCUAAAAAGCUUCUCUUCUACCAAGCAAGUGAUCAUCUAUUCACUUCUAAAAAACAAGUGAUCAUCUAUUCAGCUCAAAAAAGCAGGUGAUAUUCUAUUCAAUUCUAAAAAGCAAGUGAUCAGCUAUUCGCUUCCAAACAAGCAAGUGACCAGCUAUUCAUUUCUAAAAAGCAAGUGACCCGCUAUUCAAUUCUAAUAUAAUAGCAAGUGAUCAGUUAUACAAUUUUGAUAUAAUAGCAAGUUGUCACCAACUGUAAAAUCAUUUAGUUUCUUUGGUACUAAAGUGUGUCCCAUCCCAUCGGUUAACAUCAAUAUAUUUUUAGCUCGACUAUUCAUAGAAUAGUGAGCUAUUGCACUCGCCCAUGCGUCGGCGUCGGCGUCGGCGUCCGCGUCCGCGUCCCGAUUUUGGUUAAGGUUUUGUAUGUAAGCUGGUAUCUCAGUAACCACUUGUGGGAAUGGAUUGAAACUUCACACACUUAUUCACUGUGAUGAACUGAUCUACAUUGCACAGGUUCCAUAACUCUAUUUUGCUUUUUUACAAAAUUAUGCCCCUUUUUCGACUUAGAAAUUUUUGGUUAAGGUUUUGUAUGUAAGCUGGUAUCUCAGUAGUUACUAAUGGGAAUGGAUUGAAACUUCACAUACUUGUUCACUAUCAUGAUUUGACAUGCACUAAGCAAGUCCCAUAACUCUACUCUCUUUUUUUUCAAAAUUAUGCCCCUUUUUCGACUUAGCAGUUUUUGGUUAAAUUUUUGUAUGUAAUCUGAUAUCUCAGUAUCCACUAAUUGGAAUGGAUUGAAACUUCACACACUUGUUCACUGUCAUGAUCUAACAUGCACUGUGAAGGUCCCAUAACUCUACUUGGCAUUUUUACAAAAUUAUGCCCCUUUGACUUAGCACUUUUUUGUUAAGUUUUUGUAUGUAAGCUGGUAUCUCAGUAUCCACAAAUUGGAAAGGAUUGAAACUUCACACACUUGUUCACUGUCAUGAUAUGACAUGCAGUACAGAGGUUCAAUACCUCUACUUUGCAUUUUACAAAAUUAUGCCCCUUUUUCAACUUGUAUUCAUUCAAUUGACAAGGCUGUUGAAUAGUCGAGCGUUGCUGUCCUCCGACAGCUCUUGUUUUUAUAUGUUUUGGUUUUUGUAAAACAGCUGUCAUGGGGAUAUAAAGUUCAUGAAGUUUGACCUUUGAACCUAGAAUGAAUUCGGGAAUUUUAAUGGCACGUUGGGACUUAAUUUGGUGGAUUGACUUAAUCAUGAAAUCCACAAAUGAGCCGUGCCAUGAGAAAACCAACAUAGUGGGUAUGCGACCAGCAUGGAUCCAGACCAGCCUGCGCAUCCACGCAGUCUGGUCAGGAUCCAUGCUGUUCGCUAAUAGUUUCUCCAAUUCCAAUAGGCUUUAAAAGCGAACAGCAUGGAGCCUGACCAGACUGUGCGGAUGCGCAGGCUGGUCUGGAUCCAUGCUGGUCGCAUACCCACUAUGUUGGUUUUCCCAUGGCAUGGCUCAAAUAUUGAUCCCCAACCAAUACGAAUGAUUUUGCAGUAUUAAAUGAAAUAUAUAAUACUUGCUUCAGUUAUAUUUACAUUUUGACUAUAAUUUACAAGUGUACUGUAAAUCAGCUAUUCUUAUUGAUGAAGUAAAAUGCCUUAAAUUGU